AUGCAACUUUAUACAAUUCUUUUCAAUCAAACUAUAGAUGCACAAUCGACGGCGGGCAAGACGGGUUACAAAUCCUCCAAGGAUAUCAAAGUCCAGUGCGACCUAUUUCGAGAAAAGAACACUACGCAUCAUCGUACUGAGGAGUAUGUAAAUAAUUCCUUGGUGUUACGACGGGGCGAUACGUUCAUGUUGGGAAUGAAAUUUGAAGGAAGUAAUUUUUCAGACAUAUUGAAUGUAAAGCUUCGCUUCAGUAUGGGUGAGUACAGUGGUGGACUAAGAGCUUUUUGGGCCUCGGUUGAGUGA